AUGUUUGGAGCUCGGGAGAUGCCCGACGACACGUUUUCGACGGACAUCACGAACAUGUCAGCCAACUACCUUAAUGAAAACAACUGUCAACGUUUUUGGCAGCGCCUAAUGACAUGUAUGCGGGAAAGUCAAGAACUUGAUGUACUCUAUGAUUGUCGAAGCCGCAUGAUUGAUCUCCGUGAAUGUGUUACGCGUCAUAAGCAAAGUACGUGGGUAUUUCGUGAGACAAUGGCGACACUUAGGAAUGAGGAAAAGUUGCGCAAAUGGUUAAAAGAGUAUGAUGAGUCAUUUGGACACCCUCCACUGUUGGAGGCGGUAGAAAAGGUGCGGGUUAAACUAGAAAAAGAAGGAGGUGUAGAUGUUCUUAAUCCAACGGUCUUUCAUGACCCGGAUGUUUUCAUUCCGAGGGAGAAGGCGUAG